AUGCUGUCCAAUUCAUCGAGCAGUCUUCACGCCAGGCAGAGGCAACACCGCCGCCAAAACUCGACCCCCUCUGCCUUUGAGGGCGUGAAGAUGCCCGUCCUGCCCAACGCCAACCAUCGACAAGCCGCCGGCCACCGCCACCGCCGCGGCCUCAGCCUCGACACACGACGACAACAGAUCAUGUCCCGGCAGGACUACAAGGUAGGAAUGAACUCUAACCACACAGCACCACAUCUGCAGCAUCACGUUCUGCGAGAAGCGCAGCAGCAAAGCAUCCAAGCACGCCCGGGCACACAACAGCAGCAGCAACAGCAACAACAACAGCAACAACAACAGCAACAGCAGCAGCAGCAGCAGCAGCAGCAGCAGCACUACGCCUCUCUGGUGUCAGACCAAGGCCACAACUACCUCAUCUCACCGCAUGCAACGCCGCAGGUUCAUCGGUUCGACUCGGCAUGUUUCGACAGCCCCGCCGUACCCUUCGACCCCUACGGCGCUCAGCUCGGCUUGAUGAUGCAGAAGAACCAGGAGAGCUAUGCAGGCAACAUGGCCGAGACGAAGGAGUUUGACCUCUACACCAAUGAUGGUUCCCUCUCCACUCCCGCGUUUAUCAAUUUUCCCGAAAGUCCCUCCGGCCAAGGCUGGUACUCUGAGGGAGCCUCUCGCAGGAGCUCGCGGAGGAUCAGCAACGGCAUCAUGGAUCGAGUGACCAAAUUCGAGAGCCUCGGCCUGGAGGAGAUUCCGAGGCCGAUGACACCCCCGAACCAGAAUGUACCCAGUAAGUCGUCUCGAAUGGGGAGCCGAACCUCCAAGAAGAAAAGUCUCACAGCUAGCCUAGACCACUUCCCUCCUACACCGAUGGAGACGCCUCACGGUCGGCUGGCGAAGCAAGAAGCACGACCUGAGAGGUUCAACGACGACUACGAUGAGUCGAUGGAGGAAACCAUCAAGCCGCAACGCAGCCGAUCAAACCAGGGGGCGCAAAACAUCUUUCACGAGUUGCGCCAGCAGGCGGAGGGUGGCUCCCCUGCGGGUGCGAGUCCUUCGAGGCCGGGCAACCUGCCCGUCGCAAAAUCGUUGGGAGACAUGGGAAAGCUGCAGGCCACCGACUUUAUGAACAUGAGCACGUUGCGAAACGAAUUUGUCAAGAUGGAGGGGGGAUUCGGCGGGCUUCCGUACGAGUCGACGUCGGAACUCUCGCACAACUCAACACCCGACCCGCAGCAGAUGGCGCGUUUCAUGGCAGGCUUCGACGACAAGGCCGAGCUGCAGUUCUCCGGGCCGGCCGAUGGGCGCGGCCAAGGAUCCGACUCGCCGCCGACCCGCGGCUUCUCGCACCGGAGAACCGAGUCUCUCGCCAGCAUCACGAGCGCAGCCAGCAUCGCGAGCAUCAACAUCGAGGAGACCAAAACGGAGACGGGCGUGACGAUGGAGGAGAUUUCGCAGUACAUCCGCGGGCCCGAAACGACGGACGGCAAGUGGACCUGCCUCUUCGAUGAUUGCGGAAAGAUGUUUGGGCGCAAGGAGAACAUCAAGUCCCACGUGCAGACUCACCUCAACGACCGGCAGUACCAGUGCCCGACGUGCCAAAAGUGCUUCGUUCGCCAGCACGACCUCAAGCGGCACGCCAAGAUCCAUACCGGCAUCAAGCCGUAUCCGUGCGAGUGCGGCAACAGCUUCGCCCGCCACGAUGCCCUGACGAGACACCGCCAGCGAGGCAUGUGCAUUGGCGCCUUUGACGGCAUCGUCCGCAAGGUCGUGAAGCGCGGCCGGCCAAGGAAGAACCGUCCUGAUCUGGAAACGAGAUUGGAGAAAUCGUCCCGGCAGAGGAGGAAGAACAUGUCGGUCAGCUCCAUGUCGUCCUUUUCCGGUUACUCGGAUAGCUCCGCGCCCAACUCGCCCGACGCCCACGGAUUCGACCUGCUCGACGACAUGGCGGGGGAAGCUGUCAGCUGUCUACCCCGGUCGGGACCGGGAGCGACGGGGUCAUCAUCGUCGGCGCCGAUGCCGCUCAUGAUGCCCGUCGCCCUGGCGACCGACAUGGCUCGCUCACCGUCAGCCGCCAGUGUCCACUCGUACGUGUCUCCCGAAGCAAUCAUGGAGAAGACCAUGUCCAACCCGGCGACGCCGGCGAGGAGCAUCGCCAGCCAUUACACAACCCCUCCGGAGCUGUCGCAGUCUUCGUCGCCGCCGCCCGCGCACUUCUUCGACCUCGACGCAGGCGCGACAGCGGGUGCCGAUGAGCUCGUCGCGCUCUCGGGCAACGGCAUGCCCCUUGGCCUCGAGGACGACGACUUGCUUCUCCAGUUUACCCACGACGACAACCUCGUUCCGCUAGACCGUGACCAGAACAUGCUUAUGAUGAACAAGCUCGACGACGAAUUUGACAAUGCCAUGUUCGACAGCGACGACAUGUUCUUUGGAAGCACGUAA